UUUGAGAUUUGAAAAUUAUAUUCGAUAACCAAAAACUGUUCGUUGUGAAAGUUUUUCUUGAUAUUUUAUCAUAUGAAUUCUUAAAAGUUGUAUUAUUAGAUAGAUAACCAAGAUAAAGAAAAAAUUAAAACAUGUAUCAAGACGCUAAUAUUUGUUAACAACAAGUUUUGAUCAUGACAACGGUGAAAGUUCAUGGGGGAAUAGAUAUAUUGCGGUUACCUGUUAAUGAAGAAGAGCAUGUCUUUCCACCAUGGCAAAUCAAAUAUACUCAAUCUCAUAUACUUCACUCCAAGUGUUCAAAAAGCGAGAAUGGCUGCGGUGACCAAGAUGCUACUGCAUGUCAAUUUUGCAUAUAUAGUAAAACUUUAGAACUGCCACAUAUGCCAGAUAUGGUAUUUCCAAAUAAUGUAUUAACUUUGAAACAUCGGGAUGGAGCUAUCUUGCAAUUUAAUGCACUUGAUGCAUUGAAAUAUGUUUCCAAUGGUAAAAUCAAUGUACAACUUGCUUGUGCUGAAGCAUGGAAAGAAUCAAGAUCCGAAAGCAGUGAAUUUUUAGAGGAAAAAGUUAAACCAUUCGAUUGGACAUUUACAACCAAUUAUACAGGUACAAUAUCUGGAUUUCAUUUGGAAGAAACAAAAGAUAGAAUUGAUUUAGACAAAUUGAGAAGAAAGGAAAAAAUUAGAUUUUAUCAUGAUUUAACACUUUUUGAAGAUGAGCUUCAUGAUAAUGGCAUCGCCGUUUGUUCUGUUAAAAUUCGUGUAAUGCCUACUAGUUUUUUCAUUCUUCUACGUUAUUUUUUGAGAAUUGAUAAUGUCAUGCUAAGAAUAAAGGAUACUCGCAUUUAUCACGAAUUUGGACAAGAUUAUCUUCUACGAGAAUUUACAACUCGGGAAGCCAAAGUUCAAGAUAUUCAUGUAUCUCCAGUAUUGUUCAUAGAACCAAGUGAGAUAGCACCUCACUUACCGUUAACUGAAAGUUACUAUCAUAAAUUAACUGUACAAUCAAAAGAAGAAUCGAAAGUAGAGGAUGGAACAUCGACUUCUGUUGAUAACAACACAGUAGAUAAUACUAUUACUUAAUCUUUAUAGACAUUUUCUGGAGAAAAAAAAAGGAAAAAAAAAAUAUGGGUGAUAUCAAAUAUACUCAAUCACAAUUUAUUACCUAAAGAAAAAGAGCUAAAAACUUGCACGUAUUUUCUGCAAUUGAAGAGAAAAGAAAAAAGAAAAGAAAAAGAAAGAAAGAAAAAAAAAACAUUAUAAAAUACUUUUCAGAAAAUAUAUAGGAUAUUGAUUUUAUAUGAUCAAUAUAAUUUGCUUGAAAUCAGGUCACAGUAGUAAAGAAAAGGAGUGUGUAAUUUCUAUAUGAGAUGCAACAUUAAAAAAAAAAAAAACAAAAAAAAAAACAAAAAAACAAAAACAUAAAAAAAAAAAACAAAAAAUAAACAAAAAAAAGCAAAAAAAAAUAUGUUAAGCAAUAAUUUUCUGUUUAAUCCGUAAUAAAGUCGUUUCACAUAAAAAAGAAGGAAAAGAAAAAA